CCAUUGUUCUUUGUCUUAAAUGGAAGAAACUCUUGUUGUUGAAUAAUAAAUUAUGGGCUCCUAAAUGCUUAUACGUAUAUAGUUAACAGUCCACAAGCAAUAAUUAAGACGUACAGAAGUAUUUUGUGGCACAGAUUACAGUUUACGCAAGAAUUUCAGAAAUUGAAAAGGGAUAAGUGGAAGGAGAAAAUGUUGGGCUGGUGCCAAGCGAUAGCUCGUAAUCCACACAGACUCCCAAACAGCACAAGAACCCCUGAGGUCACAGGUGAUGCUUCACAUAUCUCUGCCUUGAAUGAGAAAUCUCCAGGCCGCUCAACAAGCCGCUCAAGUAACAUUUCAAAGGCAAGCAGUCCUACCACAGGGACAGCACCCAGAAGCCAGUCACGGUUAUCUGUCUGCCCUUCUACUCAGGACAUCUGUAGACCUCCCACCUUGCAUGACAUAUCAGAAGAUAAGUUUGAAAACUCAACCCCUGUCACGGUGCUGAGUCCUGCUAGUAAAGAAACCGGUAGGAAACAAGUGAAGCGAAGGGUUAGGCGGAGGAAAGAUCCUGGGGAAAAUAAUGGGCAUGCAGAAAAGCAAAAAAGAGAGAAGGGUGGCAAGUUGCACCCAAACAUUGCAAAUCGUGCAUGGAAUGCCUUGCGCAAAGUUUCAUCCGAUUCAUCAUCUUCAGAUGAGAACCAUUGGGCCCUGGUUAGAAAGAGGGAGAGAGCCAACAUGCCCAGAAGAAUGAGAAGGCGGAGUACUUCAAACACUCGGACAGAUGAUUCUUCCAGGAAGAAUGCCAUUGAACUUGUAACUAUGGGGACAGGUGGGGAAAAGAAGCAAGAAGAGAAGAUUGAGCCUGAAGGCUGCACUCCUAGUCACCGCAGGAGAAGGAUUUCACGUUGUAAAGAGACCUGCCGCUCACCGUCCUCUGUGGAGGCAAGGAGUUCCUUUAGACAAGGUGGAAAACACCAGGGCAAGUGCAGUUGCAAGGAUCCAGAGCCUUCAAGGACCAUUAGACGAGUCAAAGCAAGCAAGGAGGAAAGUGGUUCAGAGAAAGGCCCAGACAGUGAUAUUUUGUCAGUUCCAGAAAAUGGAGUACCUGCUGGGACAGGGCUUGCUGCAUCGGCUGCUGUUCAGAAACCUGCGUUUUAUGAUGACUUGUCUGAUGAUUUCGAAGUGUGCAGGAUCUGUCACUGUGAGGGAGAUGACGAAAGCCCCCUCAUCACACCGUGUCGCUGCACAGGGACCCUGCGUUUUGUUCAUCAGGCCUGUCUGCAUCAAUGGAUUAAGAGUUCAGACACACGCUGCUGUGAACUCUGCAAGUAUGACUUCAUAAUGGAGACCAAGCUCAAGCCUCUUCGAAAGUGGGAAAAACUACAGAUGACAACAAGUGAGAGGAGGAAGAUUGUCUGCUCAGUCACAUUCCACAUUAUUGCUAUCACCUGCGUAGUUUGGUCACUGUAUGUACUAAUAGAUCGGACCGCUGAGGAAAUUAAGCAAGGCAAUGACAACGGUGUGCUGGAGUGGCCAUUUUGGACAAAAUUGGUUGUGGUGGCCAUUGGGUUCACGGGAGGCCUUGUCUUCAUGUACGUGCAAUGUAAAGUCUACAUUCAAUUGUGGCGAAGGCUUAAGGCUUACAAUCGAGUGAUAUUUGUUCAAAACUGUCCAGACACUGCCAAAAAACUAGAGGAGAAAAAUUAUUCCUCCAAUCAGAACACUGAAAUCAAAGACUCCGUAGUGGUGCCAGUAUCACAGACAGGUACAAACUCUCAACAAUCAGGAGAAGAAACUGUUUCUGAUGUGAUGCCGGUUUGAUGGAAGCUGCGUUUCUCUUUCUUUACUGAAGAACAAAGUAAUGUGCUUUCCUACUGUUCAGCCACAUUAAAACAGCAAAACCACUUAGUAAAUUUGAAGGAAGAACAAAUGGGAAAAUUGAUCAAGAGAAGUUACACAUUACCUCUGGAAUGUAAUUGUGAAGUGGCUAAGCAUAGUGAAAAUGCAAAGAAGAAAGCGCAUCAGAGAUGACUUUCGAACAGGCAAACAAACAUGGCAAGUACCACUGUUGAUGGCUGAAAGGAGCUGCAUAUGCAGGCUUACUACCAGUGUUCUGUUUACAAGGAAAAAAACCCUUACAUCUAUUUGUUACUAUGGUCUUUUUUGCUAAUUAUCGUAAUCUUGAACACACUCUCUUCAAGGCAAUUUUUAAAACGAUUCAUAUUUACCCUUAAAGUCAUACAAGAGAUACGCACCAUAGCACAAAGUACCUGAACCUCGUAAUGUGAUAAUUUUACAAAGAGGUGGCUGACCUGCAGCAUAUAUGGUUUGAAGGCGAUAUGAAGGAAAUUCUUUCCAAAAGUUACCAUUGAAACCGUAUGUUUAAAAUGUGAGUAUUCGUAAACUAGGUAGCUGAAAAUAUCCCUUGUAUGCACAAAUGAUCAUUUUCUUUCACAUUUUUAUAUUCAUUUGGUGCAGCAGUUUGAUUGCUGCUUAUUCAUAAGAGCUAAAAUUGGCAGAAUAUUCCUGCCACCUCCAAAAUUCUGCUAAAGGGCAAUAUGUUCUAUAAUCGGAGAUAUAUUGCAGACAGAGCAGCAGGAAAGCUUCAAAACAUGUUUUUAGUACUUACAUAUUAGUGUGUAAAAUAUGCAAAGGGUGGGAGAUUAAAUUCUAUUCUUUUGUUUAAGAGAUCAGGAUAGAACAGAUUCAGAAACUUGUUAGGACAGUAUUGAAAGAGUCAAAGUAGGCAGCAUUACCCAUAUGCCAGUAUCUCUCUGAUGUCCACUUAAUUGACAAAGUAAGUGGUACCUUCUAUACAGGAGUAAAGCUGAAUCAUUAAUGGUUCAGUAGUUCAGUUGUUACUAUUGUGGUUUUAGCAUAGUAAUGUAAAACUGAAGUGUGACUAAAUAGAAAAUGCAGAAGAUAUAUAUCAGUAUCAUGUUGUACCCAGCAGGUAUAACUUGCAUGGGGGGAAAGCCAGAAACUUUGGCAUCCCAUUUCAGAAUGAUGUACCUCAGCAGACUAAAUGAUUGGAUGUCCUAAAAAGAAAGGGCACUGCACCUGUCCUUUAUACCACUCUUAUGCUUGUUGAAUGUAUUGUGAGUUGUGCCCAAGUAAUGUGAGUUAUACAAGAACAGUGUUACUAGUAAUGAGAGGAACUUAUGGUGGCAAACUGCAGUGGGUUAAGUAAUUUUUAAAAAGGACUACAUUUCACAUUUCAUACUUAUAAAACACAGUAAGAUAUUGAUUCUGAAAAGACUCAGCAGAUGUAUGUGAUGGAAAAGCACAUGGCCUCCUUAAAAUUAAUUGGUCUUUCCCCAGUGAUUUCAGUAGGUGAAAUAAGGCCUCUCUUAUUGGAAUCAUGGCACUAGUUGGAAACAUUAAAAUGAGAUUAUGUAAGACAAUAGUUUAGCAAAAAGAGUUGAUAAUGGGCAUCUUGAGUAGAAGCUGCAUAAAUAACCCAUCGAUGAAGACUUUAAUGCUAAAAUGAAGAAAUGCAUUUUAACAUUUAAACUGUCAGAUGAAGGAGCCACAAAAAUACUUUGUGGGGUUUAGAACACUGUGUAUUUUAGCAGAGGUCAUAAGAGGAACCAAACAAAAAUAAGAUCACAAUGAAAUUAAUUCCAAACUGCGUGGUUCAUAUCCAUUUCACUAAGAAAAAGACACAUACAGAUAUAGUCUAACUAUAAACUGAAGUGAUAGCUAACCUGGUGAUUUUCUGCCCAGCUGUAGCCAUUUAUAAUAAUGUACCAUUGCUUUGCAUAAACAGCUGACUACUGUGAUAUAAUACUUUAAAAGAUAAGGCAGCUGCAGCACAUGGCACCAUACAGGACAGGGCAAUAUAAAUUGCUUACUGAAUUCCACUAACAGUCAAUAAUUUUCAAAAUGCUAAUUUUUUGAAGUAUCAAUGCAACCAAGUCAACAAUGUUUCAUCUUUAGGUCCCCAUGCAUUUAGCAAAUUAAAAGAAGGCCAACUGAUCAUUUCUCCCGAUAGCCCAGCAAUCAAGCAUUGGAUUCAUGAAGACGGACAUGACUAUAAAUCACAAUGCAUAGGGCAGAAAUAGUUUUGUAUCACCAGAAGGAGACCAUGUAUGGAGCCCAUGUUUUCAAGACAUACUAGUGAUUUGGUUCCGUUGCUUUGAAGCAAGAUCUUUUCCUUUUUAAGAAAUUCAAUGCAGCUGGCUGAAGCAGCUAUGAAGGAAUAGUUACCACUUUAGCUUACGAAAUGGAGAUGCCAGUUGUCACACACAGACUGAAGUGUUAUCUGUCUUUUCUAGUGCCAGUUAAUAGAUGACCAUUAGAGAUAUCAGAAGUUUUAUCAAAGAAAAUGUUUACAUGGUGGAAUAAGGCUACCCUUAGAAAACAAAGAUGAUGAAAAGUUAACAAUGAGGUAGUGUUAAAUGCCAAAUUAAUUGUCUCCAUCAACUCUGUAUGGGGGUAUCAGGGGCGUCCCCCUAUGGAUUGUUCUAUUAGCUUUAUAAGCAUAACUAAGCAGCCUACUGGUGCUAUUGCCGCAGCUGGAAAGCAGUCAAUAGCUUGGUUCCAAAAUGUGUACAUCAGUACACAACUCCACCACCAAAAUUAGCAGUCAAAUUUUGAAACUUGCACUGCAAUGCAAUCUAUGAUGCAAAUAUUUUACUGUGUAUAUUGUUGAGACCCAAAAGUUUUGUUACUUGUUUUACCCAGUUCUCUUUUGCAAAAGAGCUUAGAUGCUUUUGUGGGUGACUUGUGUAUUAAAAAGGUAUUUGGGAUGGGAAAGAAACUUAAUAUAAACUACUAAUUGUUGUGGAACAAAUUUGUAUUUGUAUUAAACAGAUGCCUCUAGGGGUUACUUGUAA